AUGUAUAGUUAAUUCAAUUCUCGUUUCGAAUUUCGAUAAUAAUCGUUUGUGAUUUUGAUGAUGUUGCUUAUGAGAUUAAUCUGCUGGAUUGCUUUUGCUUAAUUCUGAUUGUUUGACACUGGGAUUUUGGUUGUAACUUGUCUAAUGCCAAAGGAGUUAACAAGAUCAUUUUUUGAUUAAAUAUUUCUUGAUGUUUGAAUAGGAUACAAUUUUUAUACUUGUAUUAGUUUGUUUAUGGUAGACUUCUAUAGUUCUAUAUUUCUUUGUUAUGCUUAAUUAACAAUGUGAUUUUGUCUCUAAGCAUGUGGGCUUGGGUGAUGUUCAAGAUUAAAAAUUUUGUUAUGGGCCAUUACAAUAUAAUUAAAGCAUGUGAUACGACUUGGGUGAUGUUCAAGAUUAAAAACUUUGUUUAUGGCAUUUGCCUUAUGUUCUUUCUCGGAAGCUGUUUCUUGAUCCAAUUUUUUAAAAGACUGGUUGUAAAAGGUUUUUAAAUAGUACUACUUCAUUUGUUGCCUUUGUUGCUUCACCUAUAUCUUUAUACGUGUGAGACAUAAUAAGCAACGAAUGUUCCGGUGUUUAGGAAUAUCGUCUCCUUAGUAUGAGGUUGAGAGUUCGUUUCUUAUCUGGCGUUUGUACCACCUAUAUUGCUAUUUACAUGAUUACAUGAGACAUAAAAGUAGCCAUGCUUCUUACUUCAUAGUUUCUUCUAGAAUGCUAGUAUUAGAAGGUGAGGUUGUUAACUUGGUGUUGUUUAUGGCGUCUCAUGGCAUUGUGCCCAUUAGUCUAUAUCUUCAAUUUUGUGUGCGAAACACUAAUUCUUCCUGUAGCCUUUUGGUAAGGAAUGUCCCAAAGUUAGCUGUGAUAUUUAAAUCAACUGGCUCAUAUCAUGACUCAAAUUCUCACAACACUUGAAGAGGUGCAAUCAUUGAAAUUGAUGAGUACCUAUGGUACUUGGAAUAGAACUUAGACUACAACCCACUUGCAACCUUUUACCUAUAGAUAUACGAAGUAUAAUACUACGUAUAUAUGGAAUAAAGCAAGAUUCUUCAACCACUACUUUCAUAUUUGUAUGCAUGUUUCGGGCAUGUCCCUCUAAAAGGCUGAAAUAAUUCAUUUUUCAAAUAGGCAUUUCUUUAUAGCUAAGUAUAUAAAUAUUUGUUAAUCUUGGAGGUGGUUGGCUUAGGAAUUUAGAUGGGCUAUAAGCAUAAGUAGAUAAGAAGAAGCGUGCUUAUCUGGAGCCUACCAAUUGAGCUGAUAAGAACAAAGCAACAAGAUUACAUGGAGCCUAUCAAUUGAGCCAUUAUUCUUAUGCAAGUCAAUGUCAACCUAAUCCACCCUCCCAAAUCCAGGUGUAUGCUUGUGAUUCUAAAUAUGACAUCAUAAUUCAAGAGAACCUUACCAUGUGCUUGCUAACUUGAAACUAUUACAGUUGCUCAUUGAAAACUUCAAUCGACUACGAAGUAUGUGAUUUGAGUUGGCUAGAAUGCCAUGACAUGUCAUGAUGCCAAACACAGCCCUACUUUUGUUGUUUUGUCUUUCUAUAUGUGAUAAGUACUUUUGCUGAUCGUGUACUUUGUAAUUGAAUAUUAUUGGCCAGAAUAUACCAAAGUCGGCCAGAGAAAUUAUUCUUUUAAUAAAAAAAGGGAUUCAUUUCCAUUCAUUUGACUAAUUUGGUUUUCAGCAUAUAAUAAUAUUCACCUCUCUUUGAGUUGCUGAUCUGUUUGUUCAUCCCUUAGACUUUGUCCCUUUUUCUAUUCUUUCAGCUUCUAUUAAUCACCACAUAUUAAUUUGGUGACCAUUUUUUCUUCCUUUAUAUUACUACUUGCAAUUGAUUGCUUAUAUUGUCGUUUUGUGGCUGAGAUAAUUGUGAAAGUGACUGGCAAUAUUUUGUUUAAUGGUAUUAGUCUUUUAGAAGAUACUAAAAUUGUUACCAACUUACCACUGGGGCUGUCUCUUCACGUGAAGCUAAAGAUUGUUUUCUUAAUGAAUAUUCAUAAUCUAAUACAAUUUGUGUAGUUCCGUUUACUUAUAUGAUUACCCAAUAGCCAGAUCAAUUGGCUGUUAUUAUUAUAUUUCUUUUUUAUAAUGUGUGUGUGUGUGUGUGUGUGUGUUGGAGGUAAGGGGACACGAGGGGUGAUAAACCUCAUAAAACCAUAGGUCUGGGGUUGAAGCAUGUGGGUUUGGGACAUUCUUGUUAAUUUUGGGAGGUGAGUUUACGGACAAUUUUGUGAAACAAUGAAAAUAUAAAGAGGGGGUUAUGACGAUGAUAUAUCUGAAUACUUCCUCGACAAUUAUAUAGACUCAAAGACACAUAGGGUGUUUCUGAAUCCAAUUUUAUGAUACAAAUCCUUUACUGUGUUCCAGAUUAGCAACUUGAUAAUGGAUUUAGGAAGUCCUCUGUUGCUAAAGCCCAUUAACUCUCCUAAUAUUUUACUGCUCUUAAGUUACAGCUAUUUUACAUGCUAGAAGUUUCAUGUUUUGUUUUAGCUAUUACUGGCUCCUAGGUCAUAGCUCUUUUAAUCUAUGAACUACAAGUUAUUUACCUUCCUAUGUAUUUGUCCUCCACGUGAUUGAGGGUUUUGUCACAAUUAUUUCUUGAUUAUGAUUUUAUAUGACAUUAUUGGAUUUUUCUUCUACCUUAAAUUCUCCAAUUUACCAUGGCCUAUGAGGCUAUGACAAGUCAUACUGUAUAACCAAUCUAAGAAUUUAGGAAAAAGACUUUUCAAUUUUCGGAAUGAAUGAAUUAUUCAAAGUCAACUGGUAGUAUAUGAAUAUUUAAAGUGCAAAUUAUGUGAGGAAUUUGAAGGCUAGUCCAAAUCCUUAGAAUCUGUUAUUGGUUUCUUUAAUAUUAAGUUAUUACUAAAAAAUAAAUUCCUACUGCCUUUCUUCAUCCGACACGUCAAGUUUGAGUCACGGCGUUCCCUUCUUUAUUUCUUCUGUGACACCUGCUAAAUUACAAUUCAAUAUGAAGAUGUCUUCCAUUAUUUUUCUGUCAAGAAUAUGAUUUAAUCUAUCAUUUGCUUCCAGUUUUUUUGUGAAUCUUAUUUUUAGUAAUAGUUUUACAGAUUCAAAUGUGUGCCAUCCUUGUAAGAUUCCUUGCUCUCCCUUCAAGAAUAUGCCAAAUGAAUUUCAGUCACAGACGUCUUAGGAAUAAUUAUUUAUUUUUUUAUUAUUGGCUGUUUCUUUUUUAAGGAAAACAAAUGCAUGGUUUAUCAGGUCAACUUUGUGUUUGGUUCCUUAAUUGUUGCAGGUUACAUGUAGAGUAACUGAUUAAAUCUUUAGCCAUCUAUUAUGUUGUUAUAUGGUAAGAUAAAGGUGACUUUUUAUACAAUACAAAGGUGGCUUCUAUGGAGAAACGGGUGAUAUUUUAUGCCUUGAGUCAUGAGAUCGUCUCAUACUAGAAUCUUUCAUGUAAUAUAUAAAUUACACAUAAUUUCUUUUCAUUUUACCUAUAGUUAAGGUUCCCUGGGUGACCAUUUCUCUAUUAGUAAAAUAACUUCAAAGUUAAACCAAAGCCUGACUUUGUGACCUCUCUCACAUUGCUAUCAUAUGAUAAUGUACACCUCAGAUGUCCUUUAAGACGGAUCUAUGGGUAGUCUCAAAUAAUAAAUUACAAAUAAAUAAUUGAUAUAAUUGAAUCAAGUUGUAGUUUUCAACUCCUUACUAUCGCUCUUGCCGUACGCGUAUUCGUCCUUCUGUAAUUAUAUAUACUGCCUUAGAGGUUCCUUAAUUUGUGAAAACUGAAAAGUAUUCCUUCCAAGUGAUUGAAUAUUCUAGUCAGUUGACAUUCAAGAUACCAGUACCUAAGAAAUGGGAAACUGCACGUCCUGUGUAACUUCAAAUAUUCAAAUACACGAGUAUGGGUGCCUUGAAAAUUCAUUGCAUAUUCAAUCUGCAAUUGGCAGUGGAAAACAUAAAGUUGGUUCUGUGCACUCUCAGCAAGGAGCCAAAGGUCUAAACCAAGAUUCUGCUGUUCUUUACCAGGGAUAUGGAAUGGAGGAUGGGGCAUUCUGUGCCGUUUUUGAUGGGCAUGGAGGCAACGGGCACAUAGUGAGCAGAGUAGUAAGGAACCAGCUGCCAUCAUUGCUACUGAACCAAAGGAAAUUUAUGGAUUGGAAUGAGGCUCUUGUUAGUUCCUUUAAAACUAUGGACAAGGAGAUAAAUCUGAUUGAGACCGUGGAUUGUUCUUUUAGUGGAAGUACUGCUGUGAUUGCUGUCAAACAGGGUGAAGAUCUUAUUAUCGCUAAUCUUGGUGAUUCUCGGGCUGUCCUUGGAACAUUAACUGAAAAUGGAAUCCAAGCUACUCAAUUGACAAAAGACCAUAAGCCUGAUGUACCCAGUGAAGUUGAACGGAUUAAAAAAGCUAAUGGUAGGGUGUUUGCACAUGAGAGCCAGCCCCACAUCCAACGUGUGUGGUUGCCUAAUGAGGAUGUCCCAGGUCUUGCCAUGACCCGUGCUUUUGGAAACUUUGAUAUGAAGAGUUAUGGGAUCAUUGUUACACCUGAGAUCACUCAUCGCCGUGUAACCUCUGAAGACCAAUUUCUUGUGCUGGCUUGUGAUGGGGUUUGGGAUGUUCUUAGCAACGAGGAAGUUGUGUCAAUUGUGAGAUCAGUAAAGAACAAGGAGGCAGCUGCAAAAGCAGUUAUAGACGAAGCUCUCGCUGCAUGGAAGCGCAAAUUUCCUUCAGCAAAAGUCGACGACUGCACUGCUGUCUGCUUGUUCUUGCAGGAGAGAGAAGACUGUUUGUUGCUUCCAACAACUUGAGCUUUACUAUCUGUUUCCAUGGUGAUGAUUAAAGCUCAUGUGGUCGUACCCCAUAUCCGAUUUCUGAAGCUGCAAAGGCUGAUUGCUGGGUCAUAAUGUUUGCUCUGAAAAUGGAAUGAUUGAGGGAUGUAUUCUGUUCAGUGUAUAUAAAUUUCAUCACUUUAUUUGUGAUGCACCUGUAUUGCGUAUAUAAUGGUAAUUAUGUUUAAGAGAUAUUUAAGUGUUUGAAGCAUAGUUUUCUCAAACACCAUAUGUGAGAGUCCACAUUUAUUAAAGAAGAGUUAUACUAUCUAUAUUGUCAUA